CUGGGAAGAGCUGCGCCAAACACAGCAUCGAGAGUCUGUCGGGGUUGGGCUCAUUGUAGGGAACAUCGUACUGUUGGUGCUGCUGUUCACGAUCUGGCUCCAGAUCAUGGUUCUGGGACCUGGUGUCCAGCCGAGACUACCUCCUUACAGGCUGCUGGAGGGAGCUGGUGGGCCGGAGUGUAUCGAGCCUCCUGCGGUGUUCUCGUGCGAUGAGAGAGGAUACCCUGUCUGGUGCUCGAACUGCCAGAGUAUCAAGGCCGAGAGAGCACACCACUCGACAAGGUUGGACCGGUGUGUGCCGAGAUUCGACCACUACUGUGCCUUCAUCGGCUGUGUCAUAGGCAAGAGAAACCACCGGCUGUUCAUGCAGUUCUGCGUUGUGUUUACGCUCUACUUUGUUUACAUCAUCACGUCCAUGGGCAUAUACUCCCGUGAUAUACAACGCAGGGCCGGGAGCCUGAACCCGAACAUCGUCGUGUGCCUGGUGCUUGCUGCCGUGUGGCUUGUGAUGGUGCUGGGGCUCACGGGCGAACACGUCUCGUACCUCGUCGCCAACAAGGCCACCGUCACCGUCAUGGACGCCAGGCGGAUCAAGAAACAACGCCUCGACGACCACCAGUACUACAGCGUCUCGACGAAGGAGGGCCGGUGCGUGGUCAGCUUGAGCAAGCAAGACUACAAGGUGUGGGAUCACGGCGUGGUCGCCAACAUGAAGAGCGUGCUGGGCCAGAGCCCAUGGUUCUGGGCCUGGCCCGUCGGCUCCCCCGUGGCCAACACGGGCAACCCACACGCUCGAACGUACGAUGAUAUCCUGGGCGACUACGCGGAGGCCCUCAACGAGGACUACAUCCUCCGAGCUGGCGAGGUUGCCGUGUAAAGUAUCGCCAGGCCAUUUUGAGAUGGCCCACUACAGGGGAAAACGUGAUCGCGAAG